AUGCUCGCCGCCAGAAACUUCGCUGCUGCUCGUCAGUGCCUGCGGUCCGUCCGCGUGGCCCCCAGCUACACUCCCAUUGUGCAGUUCCGCGGCUAUGCUGCCGCCGCCAAUGAUGCCGUCGCCAAGUUCAAGGGCAAGAUGGGCUCCGAUGGCAAGUACACCGUUAGCUUGAUUGAGGGUGACGGUAUCGGCCCUGAGAUCGCUCAGUCCGUCAAGGAUAUUUUCGAGGCUGCCAAGGCCCCCAUUAAGUGGGAGCCCGUUGAUGUUGGCCCUAUCCUGAAGGACGGCAAGACCGCCAUUCCCGAUGAGGCCAUCAAGAGCAUCGAGAAGAACUACGUUGCUUUGAAGGGUCCCCUGGCCGUAAGUCUUAGCUCCAAUGACUUUCGUCGACCCCCCGUUGGCAAGGGUCACGUCUCCCUGAACCUGACUCUGCGUCGUACCUUCAACCUGUUCGCCAACGUCCGCCCCUGCCGCUCCAUUGCCGGCUACAAGACUCCCUACGAUGGCGUCGACACUGUUCUGAUUCGUGAGAACACCGAGGGUGAAUACUCUGGUAUUGAGCACGUCGUCGUUGACGGUGUUGUUCAGAGCAUCAAGCUCAUCACCAAGGAGGCCUCCGAGCGCGUCCUGCGCUUCGCCUUCCAGUACGCCGAGUCCAUCAACAGGAAGAAGGUUCGCGUCGUGCACAAGGCCACCAUCAUGAAAAUGUCCGACGGUCUGUUCUUGAACACUGCCCGUGACAUUUCCAAGGACUUCCCCGAGGUCGAGUUCGACGCUGAGCUGCUGGACAACUCUUGCCUGAAGAUCGUUACCGACCCCACCCCCUACAACGACAAGGUCCUUGUCAUGCCCAACCUGUACGGUGACAUUCUCUCCGACAUGUGCGCCGGUCUGAUCGGUGGUCUCGGUCUUACCCCCUCCGGUAACAUCGGUGACGAGUGCUCCAUUUUCGAGGCCGUCCACGGUUCCGCCCCCGACAUUGCCGGCAAGGGUCUUGCCAACCCCACUGCUCUGCUUCUAUCCUCCAUCAUGAUGUUGCAGCACAUGGGUCUCCACGAGCACGCCGGUCGCAUCCAGAAGGCUAUUUUCGACACCCUGGCUGAGGGCAAGACCCUCACCGGUGACCUUGGCGGUAAGUCCAAGACCCACGAGUACGCCGCGGCCAUCAUCUCCCGCCUGUAA